ACGACAGGAGGCGGAGGGCAUCCGUGACCAGAGUAACUGUGACGGUGUCAAAUAACCAUUUAACUCAGCAUAACAUUUUUAUUCGACUCCCGUCAACCCAACUGUGUUUUCAGUACGUCUUCUGCUAGUUAAAUCAUGUCAACCCCGGCCAGAAGAAGACUUAUGAGAGAUUUUAAACGGCUACAAGAGGACCCUCCAGCUGGUGUCAGUGGUGCCCCAUCUGAAAACAACAUCAUGGUGUGGAAUGCAGUGAUAUUUGGCCCUGAAGGAACUCCUUUUGAAGAUGGUACAUUUAAACUCAUUGUAGAGUUCACAGAAGAAUACCCCAACAAACCCCCCACAGUACGAUUUGUGUCAAAGAUGUUUCAUCCAAAUGUCUAUGCAGAUGGCAGUAUAUGUUUGGACAUCCUACAGAACCGUUGGAGUCCCACUUAUGAUGUGUCCUCUAUCCUUACGUCUAUCCAGUCCCUGCUUGAUGAGCCAAACCCCAACAGUCCAGCCAACAGUCAGGCAGCUCAGCUGUACCAGGAGAACAAGCGGGAGUAUGAGAAGCGUGUGUCGGCCAUCGUAGAACAAAGCUGGAGAGACAGUUGACCUGACAGUCCUGGUAGCUGCUCUCUCCAUUGUUAAGCUGUGUGUGCUGCAAGUUUUAGUGGAGUACCUCUUAAUUUUUGGGCCCCCCCCCACCUUUUUUUGAUUUUAAGCUUUUAUGCACUUUACCUCCAACUUCCCUUCAUAGAAUGUUUUUCAUUUUGGCCAUCAAGAGGGAUUUAUUUUUUCUAUACUUCCCCCCUUUUUCCAUGUCAGGGGAAAUGUGCUGAAUCUUGCCUUGUUGUUUUGUCAGUAUGGACUUGUGGGCCAUUACCCAAAAAUUCUGGUGUGUUCAAACUUGCUGUAAUAUCUCCCCAUGACUAAUUAUGUGAAAGAGGGUUUAUCAGUUAAGUCAUGGCUCCUCUUCUGUUGUGUUCCCUAUCCUCUGUCAGUUUGUUCCCACGAGGUGGUUUGACUGGGCUCUCGAUUGUCCCACCUUUCUUGUGGAGAACGAGCAGCCCCAAGCAUCAUGGACUUUAAUUCAAAUCAGACAUCUUUACACCGUGUCUCUUGCUGUGUUGUGAACUCUGUUACAUGCAUGACAGAAAGAGUGUAUUCACGUUCCUGUUCAGUACUCAUGUAUAUAAAGAAAACCUGCAACUGAAUUUAUGUACAGAUUUUGCACUGGUUGUCUCCCAUGUCAUUUUUUUCAGCACUUGUAAAUAAAAAAAGGCAAAGUCA